CCGCACUGAGACACACUGGCGCAAACGACAGUCUGAGCUUAAGGAGGAACCAAAUGCACCAUCUAAAUAGAGUGCUAUUUAAAAACAUCCAGUUUGUGGAUCCUUAGUGGUCUGUGUUCAGGCGCACAGUGAGUUACAAGUUUUUUUUGUUGGAUAAGCGUGUGUACCAUUUGAAGUGACCGUGCAUCAAUCUGUGUCACGCAUCGACAGUUAUCAAUUGUUCGUGCAAGCUGACCGCGGUCCUUUAGCGACUCAGACAGGGGGAGCUUUCUCGUUGCUCGUGGAUACCUUUUCUAUACCUCACAGAGAAAGACCAGAUGUACGGUCCAGAGCCGAAUAUUUCUUAGGCUGUUCCCUCCUGAUCCCUCGUGAAAGCUCUUUGAGGACAACACUCACUUCUACACGCAUUAAGGACUUCUUUGAGGGGCUGUCGCUUGUGCGCAAAGCCAGAGUUGAAACUUUUGAACGGACACUUAAUCAACAUGACGGAGAACAACGAGAUGGAGAACGAGUCACAACCCCACUGUACACUUCAGCGGUCACCAAGCACUAUGUCCAUCACGCCUGUGACUAAGCUCCAGCGUCUGAAAUGUUCGCUCAAAUUCAUGCGAAGCAAGAGUGUGGAGAACUUCUUCCAGCGCUCGUACAGUGAUGCCCGCUUGCCCGCGGACUUCCAGGCGGACCCGCCGCCGCCCUCACCGCCCCUGUUGCCGGGCACCCCGUUCCCCAGCGGCUUCCCUCCGUCGCCGUCGCUCUCGGUCAGCCCCAACCCCUCCUCCAGCCCGACCCCCUCCAUCGCCCCCCCGCGCCCCCAGCUCACACACUGCCUCCUGGAGCACGUGUUCCGUCGGCCCACCAGCUGCCAGCUCUGCAAGCACGUCAUCGUGGGGAACUCCAAGCAGGGGCUUCGCUGUAAGAACUGUAAGAUGGGAGCACACCUCUGGUGCUCCUCAGAACUCUCACAGCAGCCUUGUCAAGGAAAGUCUGGGAUGUUCAAACGCAAUUUUAGCUCUCCGUUGCUAGGCAACGAUCAGCUGGGCGUGGUCAAAGAGACUCAACCAGAGCCUACCCCAGACGCAAGGGCUCGUAUGGAUCCUAUCUACGCAGCUCUGCGCUAUGGCACCACCCUGGCUCAAAUGAGUCGCUCCAGUUUUGGGAGUGUGUGUGAGUCUCCUACCCGCAGCCUGGGAGAAGGGGGGGAGGAGGGGGAGGAGACAGAAGAGAAGGAUGAGAAGGAUGAGAGAGACGAGAUGGAGGACAGCGAGGAGGGACAGGCAGGCCUGGACGAAGAGGCUAUCUGCGAGGCCGGAGACAGCGAUUGCCCCUUUGCUGAGCCUGAGAAGACAGAAGAAGCUGAAGACGCUGUGAAAGUGCCCAGACAGGUGCACUCCAUCCAUACUUAUGUUGCGCUCUACAAGUUUCUGCCACAGGAGCCGAAUGACCUUGAACUCCAUCCUGGCGACAGGGUUCAGGUGACCGAUGACUCCAAUGAGGAGUGGUGGAAGGGCAGGUGUGGGGACAAGCUGGGCUUCUUCCCGGCUAACUUUGUCCAGCGGGUCCGUCCCGGUGAAAGGGUGUGGCGGGUGAUGCAGGGUGUCCAUGGCAACCGGGAGAUGGGUCACAUGGCAGUGAAAGAGUCACAGAUUUGUGUUGGGAGGAACGAGGACAGUGAUGGCUUCCUGAAGCUGAGCAGUGGGAAAAAGAGGGGUCUGGUCCCAGCCGACUCCCUGGAGGAGAUUUGACAUCAGCUCCUAACCCCUCAGAGCUGCCCUCAGACAUCUGCACAACACCUCCCUCACAAUACACACACCCCCACACCCCCCACCCAUUUUUGUCCCACCCAGGUAUCCGUAGGCCAGCCGUGCCAGUCCUGCGUAUGUCCAGUGGUUUAGUUCUGCUGUCCAUGUUAGCGCUGCUGCACUGCCGUCUCUCCACACCGCUGCCCAGUCGAAGCCUCCGCACGUCGGCUCUGUCACAUGCACCCGAUCCUCCCCUGUGUGGCCGUCCUGACACUCGCCUAGUCCAAACAGCCCAGCCCAAAUCCCCAGAAAUCUCAGAGAUAUUCACAUCCACACACACACAGACAGGUGUAGAUAUAGUCAACCACACAGACACACACACGCACACUCACGCACACAUUUACAUUCAUACACACACAGAUUCCCCCUUAUUACACACAGACACCCAGACACACACACUUAUCCAAGUAUACCUGUAUCUGGAGACUUACUAACAGCCAGCACCUGCCUUUUUGUGUGUCCAGACUGCGUGUCCUGUAGCCCAGUGCUCUGUCCUCUAACCUCCAUGGAGACAGGUGACGUGGUCCUCCAGAGAACUCUCUCUCCACGACCCUGUUGACUGUGACACUCUCUAGCUAUCAGCCAUUGGGGGGAGACAAAUUAAUGGCAAGAAGGAAAGAAGAGGAUUUUAAAGACUUCAUGGAACUGAGUCAUUGUACCCGAGGAAAAGGGACGACUACUUAUGAAUGUAUGAAUUAGAUAUUUAAAAUUAUGUUAAGUCAGCUUGGCUUCCGUGCUUAAAAUGUGUAAUGUGUCCAUCUAUCCUUUAGUUGAGUUAGACCUUGAUGUUCUCUUCCUCUUUCUCUUUCUCACGCUCUCUCCUCUGUUCUGUGGUCUUAUUUGAGGCUAUCGCUACUUUACAUCUCCGUUUCAGCGUCUCCCCUCGCCGGCUCCUUCUGUUAUGAAACUCAAGGCUAUGAGCAGUGAGUGGUGUGAUUUGUGUUUGAGUCAAUGUCACUGUGUGUCUGUGAAUAUGCCUGCGUGAAAUGUGUGUGUGUGUGUGUGUGUGUGUGUGUGUGUGUGUGUGUGUGUGUGUGCGUGUGUGUGUGUGUGUGUGUGUGUGUGUGUGUGUGCGCGUGCGCCCUUUGAAUGUCAAUGUGCGUCUCUGUGUAUACUCGUGUGAAAUUUGUGUGUGUGAGUGUGCAAGUUGUGUGAGUGAGUCAGAUAUCCACUAUGAGACACCCUGUGCCAGCAUGCAGGAGCAAAUCUAUUCUCACUUGGGUUUGUGUUUAGAAUUCAUAGCCAGCGAGCCAACAAGCAGCUCCUCUCCUCUCCUCUCCCUGUCCUGCUCUGUGUUCAGAGAGCACCGUUUACAUUUGCAGAGUGGCAGUUUGUGUUUGGGAGAGUUGAAAUAGCAGCUAUACAGGUGAUAAAUCCCCUAAUGGAUCCUGAGCAGUCCUCUUCACAGAAGAGGAGAGGGAGUGAGUGAGAAAGGGAGGGUGGGAGAGAGAGAUGUUUGCCUUUAACUAAGUCCCCCUGAUGUGUGGGGUAAUUGAGCAGAAGCUUAGAGAGUUGGUGUGUGCAGCCAAGUGAGUUAUGAAAUGGGGCUGUGACAGAGUCUGUUGUUUUCAUGAGUCAGAGAGCUGACAACAGCUAGCACAAACCUGAGAGAUGGAGACUCUUCACAACAAAAGGGCCAUUUUCACCCCAGUGAAGAAUACGCAUUUUUGUUUUUUUGUGUGCCUUCUUCUUUACCUUUGUGUAUGUUUGCCUCUCUCUCUGUGUCUGUGUGUGUGUGUGUGUGUGUGUGUGUGUGUGUGUGUGUGUGUGUGUGUGUGUGCGUGUGUGUGUGUGUGCGUGUGUGUGUUACAUACCUCCACCAAGCAGCAUAAACCAACCGAAUUCUGACGCAGCAUAAACCACACUUGGAUCCUUAAAUAUAUUUAUUAGUCUGUUAAUUUAUUCAUAGUUUUUCUUCCUGUUAUAUUUAUUGACGUGGCCAGUUUUGUGCGAGUCUGUAGCUUAUUCUCAUUUCCAUCAUGCCCCUCAGCAAAGAUGGUUCCACCGUGCUAAUAUAUAAUAUGGUAUGAUGAUAGUUCCACCGUGCUAAUAUAUAAUAUGGUAAUAUGAUGGUUCCACUGUGCUAAUAUAUAAUAUGGCAUGAUGAUGGUUCCACCGUGCUAUAUAAUAUGGCAUGAUGAUGGUUACACAGUGCUAUAUAAUAUGGUAUGAUGAAUGUGAGAUGCUAGAUUGCAGAGGACAUAUGGCUCACACAGACCUCCUAAUUGAUAUGAAUUGAGAUGGGCCAAAAGAGUGGUGACAGGCUGCCACUCUGGGCUAGCGGCAUGUUGUUUACUUAGACAUUUAUAAACCCUCUCUGGUGCUACAAAAUGUUUUAAUGAAGGUGAUUCGGGCGCCGUGAUGGAUGCUGUGAAUGUUGACAAUGCAGCGUUACCAUGACGCUGGCGUAAACUGGCAUUUGGUAUGGACUGAAAGGACAUUUCAUCACAUUCGUAUAGACAGUGUAUAGCACAUUGUGUAGCAUUAAUAGAUACUUUAUAAACAGAGAGUAGGAGUAGGAUAAUGUUAUGUUUGUAUUAAGGAUUUACUGUGUAAAGAUGUCAUGAUUUUCAUGUUUGCGUUUCCACAGGUCAUACUUUGAAGCUCAUAACAUCUCAUCCUGUUAGUGUGUCUGUGUGUGUGUGUUUGUGUGUGUGUGUGUGUGUAUGUGUGUGCGCAUAUGUGAGAGUGUGUAAGAAUGAACAUUUUCUGGUCUGACUGUGGAUGUGUGUCCAGUCAUGGGUUACUGUAUGAGAAAAAAACAUGACUUAAUAAAGAUCUCAAAUAAAAGCA